CCUCUCAUCUUUUUAUUUCCUUGUGAUUAUUAUUAUUACAAGUAUCAUUUUCACGAAAGUAUGCACAUUUCUCUAUUUUGUAACCGAGGUUCAUGCUUCUCUAACGAGGCACUCACUGCCCCUGAUAUUUUAGCCUGUCAAAUCUCCUGGAACAGAUGGUCCCUUCGGGGAAGCUCAGGAAAGUGCCGGGUGUCUGGUGACGCCUGGCCCCUCCCUCCCUCUUGGGGCCUCAAAUGACAAGUCAUCAAACCAGUUUCCAUCCUCUUAGGGGUCCUUGAUCCAGUAGCAGCAGGUUUUGGUUGCAGCGACUGCAGAGACCCUUUGCAGUUGGAUUUAGCAGUUACCCCAGUCCGUAGCGAGCCCUGAUCCUGGGGUUGAGAGUGAUAUCCGUCCUGUCCAAUCAGAGGCGCAGGUUUCUCCCCGGGGCCCACCCCGCUCUCCCCGCUGCCCCAAUAAGCUCGCGGAAGGCCGGGCUUCUGCUGUCAAGUAGCCGGGGUGGGCUCGGCCGCGGCGAGGAGGGGCGCCGGGCGGGGAGAUGCGCUCCCAGGUGUUUGCAGCGGAAGUGGGAAACCUGUAGGGCAUGGUCCAGCUGUGCCGCGCCGAGGCGAGCCGGAGCGGGGAACAGGUAUGUUCUGAGAGUCCCUGCCUUUUAGCAGGUGUUUAAUAUUAUCCAACUGCCAUAAAGCUAAAGCUUUUUUUUGAAAAUUGAAUCUAACAUCUACUGAACACAAGAUGAAAAUGUGGUUUCUGGUCAGUCACCUUAUGAUAAUAUAUUUUACAACCUGUUUAGCAGAGUUUACAUGGCACAGAAGGUAUGGUCAUGGAGUUUCUGAGGAAGACAAAGGAUUUGGACCAAUUUUUGAAGAGCAACCCAUCAAUACCAUUUAUCCAGAAGAGUCACUGGAAGGAAAAGUUUCACUUAACUGCAGGGCACGAGCCAGCCCUUUCCCGGUGUACAAGUGGAGAAUGAAUAAUGGGGAUGUUGAUCUGACAAGUGAACGAUACAGUAUGGUAGGAGGAAACCUUGUUAUAAACAAUCCUGACAAACAUAAAGAUGCUGGAAUAUACUACUGUUUAGCAUCAAAUAACUAUGGGAUGGUCAGAAGCACAGAAGCAACCCUGAGCUUUGGAUAUCUUGAUCCUUUCCCACCUGAGGAACGUCCUGAGGUCAGAGUAAAAGAAGGGAAAGGCAUGGUGCUUCUCUGUGAUCCUCCGUACCAUUUUCCAGAUGAUCUCAGCUACCGCUGGCUUUUAAAUGAAUUUCCUGUAUUUAUCACAAUGGAUAAACGAAGAUUUGUGUCUCAGACGAAUGGCAAUCUCUACAUUGCAAAUGUUGAGUCCUCUGACAAAGGCAAUUACUCCUGCUUCGUAUCCAGUCCUUCUAUUACAAAGAGUGUGUUCAGCAAAUUUAUCCCACUCGUUCCAAUACCUGAAAGAACAACAAAACCAUAUCCUGCUGAUAUUGUGGUUCAGUUCAAGGACGUAUAUGCACUGAUGGGCCAGAAUGUGACUUUAGAGUGCUUUGCACUUGGAAAUCCUGUUCCUGAUAUCCGAUGGAGGAAAGUCCUAGAACCGAUGCCAAGCACUGCUGAGAUCAUCACCUCUGGAGCUGUCCUUAAGAUCUUCAAUAUUCAACUAGAAGAUGAAGGCUUGUAUGAAUGUGAAGCUGAGAACAUUAGAGGAAAAGAUAAACACCAAGCAAGAAUUUAUGUUCAAGCAUUUCCUGAGUGGGUAGAACAUAUCAAUGAUACAGAGGUGGACAUAGGCAGUGAUCUCUAUUGGCCUUGUGUGGCCACAGGGAAACCCAUUCCCACAAUCCGGUGGCUGAAAAAUGGAUAUGCGUAUCAUAAAGGGGAAUUGAGACUGUAUGACGUGACUUUUGAAAAUGCUGGAAUGUAUCAGUGCAUAGCUGAAAAUACACAUGGAAUCAUUUAUGCAAAUGCUGAGUUGAAGAUCUUGGCUUUGGCUCCAACUUUUGAAAUGAAUCCUAUGAAGAAAAAGAUCCUGGCUGCUAAAGGAGGAAGGGUUAUUAUUGAGUGCAAACCUAAAGCUGCACCUAAACCAAAAUUUUCAUGGAGUAAAGGGACAGAGUGGCUUGUCAAUAGCAGCAGGAUACUCAUUUGGGAAGAUGGUAGCUUGGAAAUCAAUAACAUUACAAGGAAUGACGGAGGUGUCUACACGUGCUUUGCUGAAAAUAAUAGAGGGAAAGCUAAUAGCACUGGAACUCUUGUUAUCACAGAUCCCACACGAAUUAUAUUGGCCCCCAUUAAUGCCGAUAUCACUGUUGGAGAAAAUGCCACCAUGCAGUGUGCUGCGUCCUUCGACCCCGCCCUGGAUCUCACAUUUAUUUGGUCCUUCAAUGGCUAUGUGAUUGAUUUUAACAAAGAAAAUAUUCAUUACCAGAGGAAUUUUAUGCUGGAUUCCAAUGGUGAACUGCUCAUCCGAAAUGCCCAGCUGAAACAUGCUGGAAGAUACACGUGCACUGCUCAGACAAUUGUGGACAAUUCCUCAGCUUCGGCUGACCUUGUUGUACGAGGUAAAAACAGAAAAAAUGGAGAGAAAAACAUGGCGGAUCCCUUUCUCCCCGUCUGUGCAAGCCUGCCUCCAACCUGGUGACCGUUGACACUCACCCUUUGUGUGAAAGCCUGGUUUAUUUUUUAACAUGUUAUACUAGAUUUGACUAAUUAAUUCAGUCUUGUAGCUUCUGUGGUUUUUCCCCCCAACCUAGUUUUUAGAGGAUGUUUCCCCUUUCGAAACUUCUAAACAUACUUUGACAAGAAAGAUAUUUACAAAUAUAAUUAUACAGCUUCACUAAUACCAGAAAAAUGCCUAGUGAACUAACUCGGUAUAUCAUAAUGGCCAAGUGAAGUUUCGUGUUUUUUGUCCUGUUUUUAUUUGAAAUUAUAUAUCUCAGAAAUUAGCUCAUGAUCUGAAAAAGUUGAUGAAGAAAUGGUGAAUUAUAACACAGGAGUAUUGCCACCGAAUGGACUGUUUGAUUUAUUCAAGCGGGUAAUGAAAAAUAUUGCUGUCAAAUUCACUAAUGAGUCAUCUUAAUUAGAACGUAAACUAAAAGGGGCAUUACUCCAUCAUCUUUUGUAUCCCAGUGCUUUACAUAUUCUUUGUCAGGAAAGGAUGAAAACCAGCAAUAAACAAUCAGAGACUGACCAUGGCUCUGUAGGGUUUUUGGAACAGUUCCUGGGACUGGGAAGUGAAAAUGGACAACAUGUGGAGAAAAAUGUCAUUUCAGUAGUAAGAUUUAGGUGAAGAUGACUAAGCCAUUAACAACGUGCAUUUAUAUUUAAUUUUAUUAACUCCUACCAUCAGUCUCCUUGGAUCUUUUCUUUUGGGAAGAGGGUUGAUAUUUUUUAUUGGAAGGACUUGGGCUGAAGAAGGAGAUUAAAAUUGAAGUGUAUAUAAUUCUUUCUGGGACUGCUUAAAUUUCAUUGUUUGAAAAUUCCCUUACUUUCCUCCUUUGGUCAAAGAGACAUGCUUAGAAUUCUUGUUUCUUCACAAGAAAUAACUUUAUUGUUCUUAGGUUAAUUUUUAAGCAUGAGAUGUUAUAUGGGCUUCUCAUUUAGUAAUUCUAGCAGCUCCAUCUGUGGCUGGAAGAACUUUCAGAAAAAUUUUGAAGGGUAGGGAUAUGAUUCUUAGAUCAUUACAUGUGUAGUUUUAUUUAAAAAAUAAUUUAUUAGUCAUCUUAAAGGAGUAAAUGUCUCUGGCUCAAGAUGUUACUUAUGUUACUUAUUUUCAUCUUUUAUAUUUUCUCAUCUCAAUUACUGUCAGAGAGGAACUGUCCUAUAAACUAGACAUCCAGAACAACUGGCACUUUAAUAAGAUAUAAUUUGAGGAUGUUUAUGUAUCUGUAAACAUCACUGUGGAGACGUGUAUGAAUCAUCAUUAUCGGCAUCUUCCUACAUAGUCCAUACUGAAAUUGUACGACCAAGACCAGAUAGAAAUAUAGUUUUGGAAAGAAAGAAUAAAAAUUAGAAAGGAAACCAUAUGAUUAGUGUGGCCGGUACCAGGAAAGGAAGAGCACUUUUGUUUAAGUAAACUACAUCUAUAUCAAGGAGAAGAAUUAUACAGAUUUAUUUAUGUUGUCUUUACUAAUUUUCAGGCAAGAAGGGAUUUUAAUUGACACAUGUUGGUAAAGAAGCCACCUGCCCUAAUAUAAUUGAUGAUCUUUACCUCUUAGCAAUUUCCAUUUUAACCUUACUUUAUUUAAAAGGGAAAUAUAAUUUGUUUUGAAAGUUUUUUUUUGUUUCCUUAACAUCUUCAAACUUUGCAUUGGAAUUUGCUGUUUUGGUAAAAAUAAACAAUGAACUACAGGAUAUUUGUAUGUGGUGCUUUGCUUUUAAUUACUUGCUGGAGAAUUACCAGUGGAAAAGAGCAUGACACCAGGGUGACUUUCCUGCUUACACCAGUUCUAGAACAGCAAGGUUCAUAUUAAAUGUGUGUGCUAUGUGGAGUGGUGUCUCAAAAGGACCAGUAGUUUUUGAGGGUCCACUUCCAACUUUAGUUGUUUAGAAGGCCAGUCAGUGCUUAAGAGAAAGAGAGCAUGUUAGGACUACUGCCUAAUUAUUGGCACCAACUCAAGCGCUGCCUAGGGUAUGAUCACAGCUCAUCUACACCCUAUUUAAUCCUGAAGGGUCCUAAUUUCAAAUCUGUCCUAUUUGAAUUCUCAAAAAAAUAAGUCUCAAUAAUUGAUUGAGAAAAUAUGGUCCGCUUAUAAUGUGUGAAUAAUCAUUUAGGAAAUACAUUUUUCCUACUAUCUUUCCUCAAAUGUCUAAACUCUUCUUCAUUAACUGUUACUAACUUCUAAAGAAGAAAUAACAGAAUUAAUAAAUAAUUGUAUUUCUGCUCAUUUUUCUUUCUAAUUACAUAUGAGUGAGAAACUGAGUGGAAAUUGCAUCUGUAUUUCAGUCAUAUGUACUUUUUUUUCCCUAAAGACAUUAGUAAAAUUCAGAAAAGAUUAACAAGUACCUUUAUGGUGGUCAAGAUAGACUGGGGUUAUAUUGAGUAUGAAGUUAUAAAUGGGUCAUGUGUUUAUCCUCAUUUAUCUGAGCUAACAAAUAAGAUAAAGAUCUAAAAAGCUAUGAUCAAUGUAUCACAGGUUCUGUCAUUUUUUCUAAAAUAUACACUUGUGCCCAAGUAAUUCAUGUUCUCCCCAAUAAGAAAGGUUACCAGUAGAAAGCUAUCAGUACCAUUUUUAAAUGAGAUGCUGAUAAUGCUGUUUUUAAACUAUUGCUUUUAGCACAGUUGUUGAAGAGUUGGUCUCAGCAGCAAAUUGAUUGGGUUCAAAUCCUAACUUUGCCAUUUACUAGUUGGGUGACCAUGGCCAUUUUAUUUUUUUUUAUCCCUGUUUGUGUUUCCUCAUCUGUAAAAUAGGGAAAAUAAUAGCACCUGCCUGAUAGGUUUAUUAGUAAGAACUACAAAAGAUUGGCAUUGACUCAGAUAUAAUAAGUACUCAGUAGAAGGUAUAAUUUUAUUAAAAUAUGCAAUAUACAUUUCAUUAAUAAUUUUAUGUCAUGUACAUUUUAUGUUCUUAUGAGUUGAUAACUUGUUUAUAUAAUACAAUCAAAUCCAAGAGGACAACAGUGUAAACUUACAGGCGCUCAGGUAGUUCUUUGGAGGUCUUCUGCAGACAGGUGCAUUUGACCUGCAUGAUCAGAGUUUGCAAAUAGCAGGUUUCUCAUGCCAGGAAACCCUGUCUCUUGUCCUGACUGUGCACUCUGCCACUGGCUAGCUGUGUGAUUAUGACAAUAACCCUUAUAGAAUUCAGCAUCCUUUUAUAAAACAUACAGACAUUGGCUUAAGUGACCUCUAAAAUAUAUGUGACCUACACUAAAUAUCGAAAUGUUUCCAUUAUUUGCCUGUAGUCAAUGAUUUAGUAGUAAAAAUGUUGAGAACCUAGAGAAAUUUAGGGGAAGAGAAUGGGGAUGCAGCAAAAGAACCUCUGCAUUGAACCACUGGUGAUAGGGGACCAUCCUGACCAUUUCCAGUCCUUCACUAGAUAAAAAAGUGACUGAAACAAGCCUCAGUAAUUAUUUGUAGACUCCUUUAGCUAACUUUGCAGAACACACAACGUAGAAGCAUAACACUAACAAAGACUUUGGUAGAUUAUUACUUAUCCUUCACUGGUGGGAUUUUUAUGGAGUAGUCUCAAUCAGCAAUCUCCAGGAAGGAAAUUUAACACAAGAGAGAAAGAACAUAAUGGGUGAAAAACAAAACUAGACAGAAGAUAAUCUAAGUAGAAAAGGAAAAACUGUCCUUAGAGGCAUCCUCCACCUGAAAAAGUACAGAAAAGGUAACACAAAGAAAGAUAGGGAUUGAAUACUGAUUUUGAAUGGGAAAAGAUGCAAAAAAAUUAACACUGAAGUUUGUACUGUUAAUUUUAUAACAGAGGAAUUCAGUCAGCUGGAUAGACCGAACACAAUUAUUGGUGUCCACUCUUGGCGACAUUCUGUCAGCAUUCGGAUAAAAAUAGCAGCACUAUUGUAGGAAUAUGAUCUAUGAGCUUAAUAAAACAUACUUCAGAAACUCCAGGGCAUGGGAUGGGGGGAAGAUGGUUACAAGAGAGGGGUAAAGAUAACACUGUAUUCAUAAAAGGAAAAAAAAGCGUGCUUUAAAUAUUCCCCAUCUCAUUUUCUUCUCAUUAUUUUUUCUUUUUCCAGCUCCCCAAGUAUUUAAUGAUAGUGAGAGUAAUUGAUGAAAAGUCUUUGCCAGGACUAGUCAGAGAAAUAUUCCCUUUCCUUUUAUUCCCCACCCCAGAUCUUUAAUAAUUAAAGUAUUACAGAUUAUAAAAGGAAGAAAUAAAUGGAAGGCUAAAAUAAUUUGUCAUCUAAUGAAUCUAGGCAUUGAAACUGCAGGUCAAAUUUCAAAGGUCCUUUCCAUCUGACCAAUUUCUCUGUUUCAUGAUAAUUUAACUUUGGGAUAAGUAGUGUUUUUAGGAAUCACUAACUAUCUGACCAAGGACAACCUAAAAAACUGGAAAGAGAUAUUAGUAAAGAAAUAAGGAAAUAA